AUGCCAUCCAGAAAGAAAAGCACCAUGUUUUCAUCUGCAUUUUCCACCUCUGUCUCCUCCUUCGUGCUGAUUUGUGUGGGGCUGGCAACCCAGGACUGGGUGACCAGUGAGCUUCUCUACAAGAGCACCAACUCCAGCGUCACCAUCACCCUCAACUAUGGACUUUUCAGAGGUACCUGUGAACAGUUCUAUCUUGCAGGACUUCAGGGGCCAAAAUCAAAUUUCCAAGUUGCAGAUGCUCUGAGCAGCAACGCGACAAAGAGCAUCAACAUUGCCAUCAUUGUGAUUCUGGUUCUCUGUUUGCUGAGUUCCCUUCUCAGCUCUGGAUUUACCUGUGCUAAUGCUGUCAGCAAUCCAUACCAGACCUUUUUGGGCCCUUUUGGAGUCUACACCUGGAAUUCCUUAUGUGGAAUCCUCACGCUCCUAGCCAUGAUACUCUUUCCUGUGAACAUAGAAAGAAACAGGCUGGCUGAAGAAUUGGCCCCCCGUGGAUGUUCUACCUCUCUGCAGACACCGCUCAAAUCUCAGCACAGUUAUGGCUAUUCAUACUGGAUCCUGCUGCCCAUCAUCCUCCUGAGCAUUGCUUCUAUCAUCAUCAUCUAUUUCUAUGACCAUGCAAGAUAUUCCAGGAAGAAAGAACAGGAAAGACCCAUUGAAAAUGCACCAAAAGAUGUCAUUCUAUUUUAA